GCUGCAGAAACGCAACCACCAAGAACCCCCCGGCUGGACCUCACGAUGUUUGCAAAGCCCAGGAUACGAAAGACGGCACCGCCGCCGCCAAAGAAGAGAAAGACGACCCAUGCGAUAGAGGAGAUCACCUUCGAUAAAGAUGCCCGCUCCGAGUAUCUCACGGGAUUCCACAAGCGCAAACAGGCGCGGAUCAAGCAUGCGCAAGAGGUAGCGGAGGAGAAGGCACGAGAGGAAAGAAUUGAGAUGCGGAAGCAGAUCAGGGAAGACCGAAAGCAAGCCGUCGAGGACCACGUCCAAGCGAUCAACAAGAUCCUUCGGGAGGCCCAGCACGCUGGCACGGGUGACCUAGAACAAAAUGACUCCGGGGAUGAAUGGGGAGGCCUGUCGGACACAGACGUACCCGAAGCGCCGAUCGAUUUGGAGGAGGAAUACAUCGACGAAGACAAGUACACAACGGUGACCGUGGAAGCAGUCAGUAUAGACCGAGAUGGCCUUCAUAAACCCGAGCUCGAGAAACCCUCGGAGGACGCGGAACCUGAGCAAGAAGUUGCCGGUGAACAGGAGGACUUGAAGAAGGCUCCUAAACGACAAAAAGAUCCGACCAAGAAGAAGAAGUUCCGCUACGAGAACAAGUUCGAUAGAGCUGUCGAAGCAAGGAAACAAAGGUCGAAGCGGAGGAAGGAUAAGGGAUAGCAGUCACUCGACAGGCGCAGCAGUGCUGUAAGCAAAUACAGC